GACGCCACGGACGUGUAUAUAGCUCGGUGCGCGGGAGGUUCGUAAAUAGUCUCUCUUGAGACAUCGAAGGCGUCCUUUGAGGAUAACGUGCUUGUGUGAUAGUGGCUUCCGAACUAACAAGGGUGUUCACGGAACAAUAAGAGCAAAUUCCACCAAAAUGAGUUACACAGCAGCGGAAAGCGUUGCCGCGAGCAGCACAUGGGCGGCAACCAGCAUGUUCUACAUGCUCCUCGUGCCUGCGCUCAUCCUCUGGUAUGCUUACUGGAGAAUGUCCAGGAGACACAUGUACGAAUUAGCCGAGAAAAUCAACGGACCCCCUGGCCUACCUCUUCUUGGAAAUGCCCUUGAAUUCACCGGCGGUUCUGAUGAUAUCUUCAAGAACCUCGUCUCGAAGAGCAUGGAUUACGACAAAGAAGGCAUGGUAAAGCUAUGGAUCGGGCCCAGGCUGCUGGUGUUCCUGUACGACCCCCGGGACGUCGAGCUGAUCCUCAGCAGCCACGUGCUCAUCGACAAGGCUGACGAAUACAGAUUCUUCAAGCCCUGGCUUGGAAACGGUCUUCUCAUCAGCACUGGUCAAAAGUGGCGCUCUCACCGCAAACUGAUCGCCCCCACCUUCCACUUGAACGUGCUGAAGAGCUUCAUCGACCUGUUCAACGCCAACUCCCGAGCUGUGGUAGAGAAGCUGAAGAAGGAGGCCGCAGACUUCGACUGCCACGACUACAUGAGCGAGUGCACCGUCGAAAUUCUGCUUGAAACCGCUAUGGGAGUCAGCAAGAGCACACAGGACCAGAGCGGCUUCGAAUACGCUAUGGCUGUCAUGAAGAUGUGUGACAUCCUACAUUUGAGACACACCAAGAUCUGGCUGAGACCUGACAUGCUUUUCGGCCUCACCCAAUACGCCAAGAACCAAACCAAGCUUCUGAGCACCAUCCAUGGGCUUACCAAAAAGGUUAUCUCAAGGAAGAAGGAAGAGUUCAAAUCUGGCAAGAAGACCACCAUCUUGAAUGAGUACACUGAGUCCAACUCAUCUUCUGCCGAACCUGCCAAGGAGACGUCGGUAGAGGGUCUGUCCUUCGGUCAGGCCGCUGGUCUGAAAGACGACUUGGACGUCGAGGACAAUGAUGUCGGACAAAAGAAGCGUCUGGCUUUCCUUGACUUGCUCUUGGAGAGCUCGCAAAGCGGAGUCGUUAUCUCCGACGAGGAAAUCAAGGAGCAAGUCGACACCAUCAUGUUUGAGGGUCACGACACCACUGCUGCCGGCAGCAGCUUCUUCUUGUCCAUGAUGGGAGUGCACCAAGACAUCCAAGACAAAGUUAUCGAGGAGCUCGACCAAAUCUUCGGGGACUCCGACCGCCCCGCCACUUUCCAAGACACCCUCGAGAUGAAAUACCUCGAAAGGUGUCUCAUGGAGACCCUCAGGAUGUACCCACCAGUACCUAUCAUCGCUCGACACAUCAAGCAAGACAUCACUAUGCCAUCCAACGGCAAGAAAAUACCCGCUGGCACCACCGUGAUCAUCACAACAUACAAGCUGCACCGCCGUCCCGACGUGUACCCCAACCCCAACAAAUUCGACCCUGACAACUUCCUUCCCGAGCGCUCUGCCAACCGCCACUACUACGCGUUCGUACCCUUCUCCGCCGGACCCAGGAGCUGCGUCGGACGUAAAUACGCCAUGCUGAAGCUCAAGAUCAUUCUCUCCACCAUCCUGAGAAACUUCCGCGUCCAGUCCGACCUCAAGGAAUCUGACUUUAAACUGCAGGCCGACAUCAUCUUAAAACGCGCAGAAGGUUUUAAAGUGAAGCUGCAGCCCCGCAAGAGGCUCGCGAAGGCUUGCUAACUCACGGGACUUUAACUAAAACGAAUUAAUACAUUUUUGAUAGGUACCCUAUUAGUAAGUGUUCACAUUUUUACGGUUCUUAGAAUUAGAACAAAGCUUGUGAUACCAGUACUGACUAAAUUAUUGUUGAUUAUAUUUUUAAGGACGUUGAAAAAAUGGUGGUAGCAUUCUUCACAGAAUAGUAAU